AUGGCGACGACCGGAGUUGGAUUUCGAUGGUUAGAUAUAUUGGAAAAAGAAUUCGACAAGGCAUGUGUCGAAUUAGAUACUUCUCUAGUGGAAUUGGAGACAGAAGAUCCAGAAGUAGUAUUUUCGGCCCGUCAGAAGAUAACUACUUUGAGCUCCUGUUUUGCACAAUUGACUCACAAAGCACUUACUAUAUUUCAAAGCAGUGCAAAACUUGAGGCGGAGCUUGUAGAUAUGAGGGCGGAAUUAGUGCAGGCUCGGGCCGCAGGUAAAGGUGGGUGCCAGGAUGGCGGAGAUGUGGCGGGCAACGUGCCUGAUGCGGCGCGUGCACGUGCGGAGGCCGCGCAGCUCGCUCGAGAAAAUGUUGCACUUAGGGAAACUGUACUUGUGCUGCACUCCGAGCUUUUUGGAGCAAGAUUAGCGACAAAGUACCUAGAUAAAGAACUCGCCGGAAGAAUACAACAAUUACAGCUAUUAGGAAGUGAUAUGCGCGCAGAACUGAGAGAUUCUCUCUGGGCUCAGGUGGAAGCAGAGAUCCUCCUGCAGCGGCACAAAACUCUGGUGCGCGUGUGCCGUGGUCUAGCACCGCGCGCUCCUCGCCCCUUGCACACGACGCGUGCGCCGCCCGCCCCGCGCACCGUGCGCGUGCGCCGCUCCCCGCACCUUGGCCUCGGCAUCUCUGUCACCGGAGGUCGUGAACACGGCGUACCUAUUCUCAUCUCGGAGCUGGAGGCGGGCGGGCCGGCUGCGUUGACGGGCGCCCUUUACGUGGGCGACGCUAUCCUCGCCAUUAAUGACCUCGACCUCACGCAGGCUUGUCAUAAAGAAGCAGUUCAGGCGCUCCAGAGCGUCAAAGGAGAUUGCGCCCUUUGUGUUCAGUUCAUUGCUACAGACGACGAUGACCGCCUAUCCGAAGACAAUUACAGAUUUCCCCUAUAUCCUGAAGAUGGGGAAGUAUACGAAGAGGAACCCGACGCGUCAGGCGCUACACCCACCGCUCCUCGCACUCCGGACUACAAUCACCACGCCUCGGGCAGUGAGUGCGGUGAAGAUGGUCCGUACGGUGUGCGGGGUGAGGCAGGGGAGUACGAUAACCGUGGCGAAAACGGGGUGUACGGAAUGCGGAUGGAGGGAGGUCCGUACGGCGUGCGUGGUGAAGUCGGGAUGUACGACGCGUAUGAUGUGCGGGCAGAAGCCUACGGUGUUCAGAACGAGGGGGUGGAGGUCGUAGGAUCGCACUACGCCGACUACAAUAACAUUAACAACCUCUCCAUACUUGAUAUGGACGAUGACUCCAUCAAAAUAGAAGCUCGACUAGAGAUGGCGCCAGUGUCAGCAGUUUCGGGCUCGUCGACAUCGCCACGCUCUACUCCCGUGCACUCUAGAACUUCCCUGAAGAAGAAACGUAAGCCACAGGAUUGGCGCACUAAAGGGGCUUACUGUGCGGUCUCGGACGCACAGUCGUCGGACGAUCCGCGUGACAAAUCCGACACGCCGAAUCAUCAGCCCGACCUCCCGAAUCACCGGCCCGAUCCACCUAAUCACAGGCCCGACCUACCCAAUCAUUGGCCUGAAUCAUUAAAUCAUCGAUCUGAUUUAGCCAAUCAUCGGCCAGAGACCAACGAUAGCGUGUUACGUUCACAAAAAACUUUUCAUCUCCCGAUCUCAGAAUAUCUACCAAUGCCAGUGCAAGAAGUCUCCCACGAGUUAACGGCUUCGACCGCUGCCGCAACAACUGUAGUGACGACCAAUGUGACGACAUCUACUUCCGGCGCUACGUCCACAUUGUCCAGCGCUGCGUCCACGUUAGCGUCCAGUGCGACAACAGUCACCAUCUUGAAACCGAUGCCGGUCCCUGACCUUAAAACACCGCGUGAGAAUAAGGCCCCUUCAUUAGACGUCUAUAAUACGACUAACAAAACCAAUGGUGACAACCGCCCCAGAAAAGAAACUAAAAACUUUCGGAUAGGGUCGGCGCGGCGUGUCACGGACAACGUGCGAAAUGGAGAAGUGGAAAGGCAUACCCUCCAUCUGCCCUACCCCGCACACCCCCCACCCCCGCCUCGUCUACUGCCCGGCCGAGGAGACCCUGACUUCGGUACUCCCGUGUGAAUCAACCGUCAGCGCGAAGCAGGUUGCAACCCAAUCCUUAAGGCGAUACAAUUGCAACCCAACCGCUUUGCUUUCAAUUUAGAGAAACCUUCGCAGGUUUGUUCGAGUUCUGUAACUGGCUGGAUUUAGUGCGCAAGCCACGAGUAGCUACGCAGACACAGUUUUUACAUGACAAGCAGUGAUAAACCGUUAUGUAUUCAUAUCUUGCGACACGCCACCGAAGUAGAUUUACUUCAACUUUCAGUUAAAUGCAUAAAUAUAAGUCUAGAUAACCAUGAUCCUUGUUCUGUAAACAGCAUUUUGAAAAAAGGAAGAUAAUAGCUACUAAGACAUAUGCUAAGCUGCCAUCCCAUUGAACAUAAGACAGUCGAAGUCAUUGGGCAUAUUUAAAAAUGCUGUUAAGGCUC